UCCCCGCAGCGAGAGGUCCACUGUGUGUUGCUGUGGUGAGCUAACAGCAGCGGGCACUGAAGGGUCAUGGCACUCAACGUCGUGUUGGACGGUCCGGCACCCUGGGGCUUUCGCCUGACGGGGGGGAAGGACUUCAACCAGCCCCUGACCAUCUCCAGGAUCACCCCGGGCAGCAAAGCCGCUGUCGCCAACUUGUGCGCCGGCGACGUCAUCCUGGCCAUCGAGGGAUUCCCGGCCUCGGGCCUGCUGCACAGCGAAGCCCAGAACAAGAUUAAAGAGUCCACCAGUCAGCUCUGUCUCACUGUGGAAAGGAAUGAAACCAGACUGUGGACGCCUCGUGUCAUGGAGGAGGGCCGAGCUCAUCCGUAUAAAAUCAACCUUGAAGCAGAGCAGCAGGAGUUUAAACCGAUCGGCACCGGUCACAACCGCAAAGCUCAGCCGUUUGUCGCGGCGGCAAACAUCGAUGAGAAGCGCCAGGUGGUCAGCACGGCCUACAACACGCCCAUAGGCCUCUACUCCUCGGGUAACAUCCAGGACGCCAUGGAGGGUCAGAUCCGAGGGAUCUUCCCCACGAAGCCUGACAGUCCCAGGACGCUGAGCAGCAUUGAGGAGUCUGACGUCUACCGGAUGCUGCAGCAGGACCAGGAGGAUCCUCAGGAGCCUCGACAGUCUGGCUCCUUCCGAGCGCUGCAGGACUUUAUUGACAGUGAUGGCACACGUCCCAUUGUGACCAGGACUGUCAAAGCCCCGAUGAACAAACCAACGCCACCCACAGGAAACCUGCAGAAACUGCCCGUCUGCGACAAGUGUGGGAAUGGGAUCGUGGGGACGGUGGUGAAGGCUCGGGACAAAUAUCGCCACCCCGGCUGCUUUGUGUGCACCGACUGUGACGUCAACCUCAAGCAGAAGGGCUACUUCUUCGUGGAGGGGCAGCUGUACUGUGAGGCCCACGCUCGGGCCAGAAUGAGACCACCAGAGGGACACGACCUGGUCACGACUUAUCCGACUGCGUAGAUCCCUCCUCCUCCUCCUCCAUCUCCUCCUCCUCCUCCUCCUCCUCCUGCCAGCACAGACACAAGCACUUACACAUGCAAACACACACACUUCAGCACACACUCCUCAGUCGUACGUGGAAGGGGUCCUCCGCACUUUGAGGUUGUCCGUGUGCAGUCACUUUUCAGUGAGGAUCCUGUAGGUAGCUCCCACAUGUAGGAACAUUUCACAGGUUUGUAAAGGUCCCACACCAAGACACAACAGAACUGGUCUCUGUCUUUCCUGCUGGUUUCUCACAGUCUGAUGUCUUUUUUCAAUAAAGACCCUCUGUUCCUACUGUAAGAUGACAUGUGUGUCUGUGUGUGUGUGUGUGUCUCUGUGUGUGUGGAGACGUGAUGUAAAGCACAAACUGCAGGUUUGGACACACUUCAUCAGUCCACACGUUUGUCCCUCAUCAGAAAAAAGUAGAUGUUCACACCUACAAGCUCCUGUCAAAGCUUGUAUUUGUCGUGGAGAUGUAUUGAGCACGAGGCUCCUCCUCAGACUUCUGAUACAUAUUCGCCAUCUUCAAUAAUUAAAUAUCGAUCUACAAAUGUGAUUAAAUUGAUCAGAGUCUCAGACAAAUUCUGAGCAACAGUUGAAUGGAUAUUUGGCUCAGACAGACAUGCCCCCCCACCCCCCACCCCCCCAGUAUGAAAUGUAAUGGCAUGGACAGUCAUUCUGUCCAUGCCAAUUAAGUCAUAAAUUCAAUAUCACUUGUUUUUUGAUUUGAGUCUAAAUGUGUUAUCCCCAGAUAUACUUUCUAUAUUGUGAAGAUGUGUUUGUGUGUGUGUAUUUUCCCCAUUAAAAAGAUAUUAAUCUGCAUCAAAUAAUAAUUUAAACGAAUUUAACCGUUAAGCUGACAGAUGAAGAUGACGGCAGGUGGAGCAGGACGUCUGUUCUACAUCUGUUCAGGGACUUACAGAUAAAAGAAACAGCCUCUUGGUGAAUUCUGCUGCAUUUAAAUCAAUGUCUAUUAAUGUGCACUCUCCCCGUUCAAUAAAUCAGCUAAUAAUUAACUGAA